UCGCAAACGGCCGACACGAUCAAGUUCCACCGGGGUUGCCGAUCGAUCAUCGUUACACAUACGGACGCAGAGUGCAUAAUAUAUUAAUUUAAGUGUUGUACGAUAUUAAUUUAAAAAAAUAACGACAAACCAUAAACGACGAAAAUGAUGCGUCUCUCGUCUGCCAUCGUAGUCUUGAUGAUCGUGGCUGCAGCAUCGUCCGCCGGUAUUUAUCCUGCGACGACGGGCAGCAAAGGCGCCGCUUUGGGGAGAACGAAAUCUGGCACUAAUCGUGACACUUCAGGCGAUAGUUUUCACGUACAGUCACCCGAUGGACAGUAUGUAUUUGGACACGCCAAUGGCGAACAGGGCAGAGCUGAGAUGCGCGACAGCGACGGCACGGUGACCGGAUAUUACAGUUACGCGGACGGCGACGGUCGAGUAGUUCGUGUCGAUUACGUGGCGGACAAAGGCGGAUACAGAGUGCUGUCGAACACCGGCGUUCCGUCUGCUUCGGUAACCGUGGAGACGGAAGACGGUGGUGCCCCCGCUGCAGUGAGCGACUUCCGGAAAAUGUACUCGGACUUGACACGCCGCAUCAAAAGCAAAGUCGUGCAACGAGGUCAAAAAGUGGUGGAUUCCAACGGUGGAGGCCAGCGGCCGGUCGUCAUAGAUCCGAUUCCGUAUCCUACUGAAGAGACAAAACAUUCAAACAACGAAGAAAAACCUAAUUUUCCGGAUUGGAAUCAAGUGAAAAUGUCUACAACCCAAAACCCAAAGGAUGGGAUUGAACACAAUGAAGGACAACAACAGCAUCAAGAAACUGUAGAUCCUAAUUGGGACAGUGUAAAGAUUACAACUUAUAAACCAAAUGUAAAUAUGAACACGUAUACAAUUAAGGGAAACGAUAACGAUAAUGAUAACAAAUUUAUUGAUGAUUUGAAGAAUGAAAACGUGAUCACUACAGAAAUGCCUUCAGUACCAUUUGUUCCAAUUCAGCCUCAAGUUCCUUCAAGAGGAGACCGUAAGGGAGGAUAUUCUGAUACAGUAUUCAACGAAGAUAAUGCCAAAGAAAUCACAACUGAAAUCAGCAACUCUAGGAUCGGUGGAGAAUCUACCGCAAUCGAUGACACACAAAAUAAUUCACCGGUUACAAAACCUAUAUCGAUUGUAAACAACAUUCAAACAACGGUAUCGUAUAACGACAGACCCGCACAAUCCACUGAAAGAAGCGACGGCUCACUAGAUUUCCAAACAACAAUCUCUGGUGUAAAACAAUUUGAUGAAUAUUCAACAGCAUCGGUGAUUUCAGAAAGUGCGACAGAGCAUUACCAAACCAUUAAAGAGAACGAGGACAAAAUUAAGAUUCCAUCUGAAACGGAUGUGCUAGUGACCGUCAAACCACUACAAGAGAAUAAUGAAUCGUUCGAAAAUGUACCAACUACAGUUGAAACGAGCCGUCAAACUGACGUCCAAGUUACCGAGAACUCACGGUUCAGUGUUGAUUACACGACGAUCGAAACGGCAGUAAAAGGAAAAUCCUCGUCAAUCCCUACGCUUCGGCCCUUGUACGAAUCUGAGAUAACUUCAUCACAGACCACCGGUGUACCGUCUAUUGCCGAUUACACGACUAUCGAAACUGUUAGCGGACAACCCGCGUUAGUCAGUACACUACGUCCUUUGUACGAAUCUGAGGUGACUACAUCACAGACCAGAGGUAGGGUCGGUGACACAGAAACCGCAACUGCAACCGAUGCAGCAGGCAUUCAGUACGUGACCGAACAAAACAAUAAUAAUGAAGACCGUCCCGAGUUUAGAACCUUAGAGCCCACCGAAUCAAUCGGCACUACUAUCAGACCCGACUUUGAAAAUUCCCAGCAAGCACAAGAAGAGAUAGUAUGGCCAGAAAUACCACAAGAGCCGGUGCCUCAAGUCUUGCUGCCUCUGGAUCCUUAUCCCGCCGAAGAUCCGCAGACGAAAAGAGCAGGUGUUAAAACCAAUCGGCCAAACGAUUCGAGAACGGUCAGACAAUACAGACAAGAUGAAAUGAAUUCAACGGUCAACGUCUCAGAAAUUGAAACGACGACUUUGACAAGUAACGACGAUGAAAACGGAGAUAUGUUCAACUUUCCCAGAUUUUAUAUCAUUGGUUGACGAUUAUAACUACGUCACACACAAUAAUAUAAUAAAAUAAUAUAUAAUAAUACAAAUAUUGUGUUCACCAGACUUGUUUUAAUAUGUUUAGCUAUAAGUGUACACAAGUGAAUGCCAAUCAUAGUUAAAGUUUAUGCAUAUAAAUAUAAAUUUAUAUCUAAAUAAGUAACAUAAUAUGAUGUAUAUUUAAAUUUACUGAAAUAAAUGUAUUCCGAUACUUAUUAUUUAUCAA